ACAGCGUGGAGGAGGAGGCCCACGGCCAGGCCGAGGCGCCGGGGUCCGCUGGGCUCCGGCUCCUCGAGGAUGUCCCUCAAAGCGAAGGACGACUUCCGGCGGCUGUACACAGUGUCGGACACGCGGACCCAUCCCAAGGGCUACACGGAGUACAAAGUGACCGCCCAAUUCAUCUCGAAGACAAACCAAGAGGAUGUCAAGGAGGUGGUCGUCUGGAAACGCUACAGUGACUUCCGCCGCCUGCACGGUGAUCUGGCCUACACCCACCGCAACCUCUUCCGCCGCCUGGAGGAAUUCCCGGCCUUUCCCCGGGCACAGGUCUUUGGCCGCUUCGAAGCCUCCGUGAUUGAGGAGCGGCGGAGGGCUGCAGAGGCCAUGCUACGCUUCACCGUCAACAUUCCUGCCCUCAACAACAGCCCCCAGCUCAAGGAGUUCUUCCGCGGUGGGGACGUGACCCGGCCCUUAGAGCCCAGUGACCUGCACAUCCUGCCACCGCCCCUGGUGCCCACCCUGCCCCCAGAAGAGGCCCGCCUCCCCCAGCCUCUGCCAGCGGAGCGGCUGGGCCACGAAGAGCUUGGGGAUGAGGACGAGAAGCCAGGGGACCAGCCUCCCUCCAGCCCUGCUCAGGAGGCCCUUGAUCUUCUGUUUGACUGUGGGGCUCCUGAGGAAGAGACAAGCCCCGCGGCCCGGGGGCCGCUCACCGAGGCCGAGCUGGCGCUCUUUGACCCGUUCUCCAAAGAAGAAGGUGCCGAACCCAGCCCCACCCACGUAGCUGACCUGGUGGCCUUGGGGGCAGAGCCCCAGACCCGGGGCCAGUCGCCCUGGAAGCUGGGAGGGGGUGAGGAGGAGGAGGAGGAGGAAGAGGAGGGCCCAUGCCCAGCCUACCUGACCAGAGCUACAGAGCUCAUCACCCAGGCCCUGAAGGACGAGCGAGCGGGGGCCUACGCUGCGGCCGUGCAGGGAUACCGGGACGGCGUGGACGUCCUCCUCCAGGGGGUGCCGGGUGACCCCAACUGUGCCCGCCAAGAAGGGGUGAAGAGGAAGGUGGCGGAGUACUUGCGGCGGGCUGAAGAGAUCCUACAUCUCCACCUGCAGCCAUGAGCCUGCCUUCCUGCCCAGAUGCUGCUGGCCGGCCCAUCCGAGAAGCCUGGCUUCAGUUUCCCCAUCUGUGAGAUGGGGGUCAGCAUACUUGCACUGCCCGCCCCCCAGUGGGAUGUCAUGAGGACAGUGCUUGGGGGUCUCACGGAGGUGCUGAAAAAGUGGGGGUCUCAGGAGGAGUCCUUCCCUCUUCUCCAAUGUCCAAUUAUGUGGGGUAAUUGACCAGCUACCCCCCCAAGCUGGGGUCCACACAACUGCCAAUUAGACAUUCCCCAAGUGCCCUUCAGACCACUGCACUGCCCAGCCCCGAUGACCCAGCCCUCCCUCACCACUCUGACCACACAGUGGCAUCUCCCACCUUCAUGCCUUUCCCUAGGCCAUUCCCCAUGCCAGGAAUGCCUUCCCUCCUCACCGUCUGACCUGGAAGUGAAUGAAUGAAUGAGUGGCUAAUCUGUGUACACGUGGUUCUCCGGGGGUAGUGUAAACCUCUGGAGGGCAGAGGCUUCUGUCUCUGUAUGCCGGUGCCCAGAGCAUCUCGGGCACUUAAUAAAUGCUUGCUGAAUGCAUUGGAAAGAA